AUGCAGCAGCUCCUUAAUCCAUUCGCUCAGAAAUAUCCAGAAGCAGUUGAUUCUACAUUAUCUUCUCAGGGAGUAUCAGUCCUUUUCAACCCCUCUGGACCUUUCGCGGGACAUUAUCUGGCUGUGGGAGGAAGUGAUGGUGUAGUCGAAAUUUGGGAUGUUGAAACUAGGGGUAUGAUUAGAUUGUUAGAAGGUCAUGUUAAACCUGUUGGCGGAUUAAGCUGGUCAAGAAACAAUCGUUAUUUACUCACAUCUUCAUUGGAUUCAACAGCUAUAAUAUGGGAUUUAUCGAUACUUUCACAUCCAUAUUUACGACCUAAAACCCCUGCUUCCCUUCCUACACCGAACUCUACUUCCACUUCUAACCUAAACGGAAACCAAAACCCGAGCUCCAGCUCAAAUGCCAGCUCAAACUCAAAGAUACAUACUAUCCGAUUCGAAGCACCUGUUUCAAAUGCAGUGUUUCAUCCUAGAAAUAGUAAGAUUGUUCUAGCUACUUUGACAUGUGGAGAAGCCGUAUUGGUAGAUCUGAGAGAUGGAUCUAGGCACAUAUUGCAAGAUGUUGUUGAAGGUGAAGAAGAUCAAGAUGUAGAAGAGCAAUCAAGGAAAAGAUCAUCAAUGGCUUGCGCUGUAUUUUCUCCUUGCGGAUCAAGGAUUUACGCUGGAACAUCAAAUGGCAUGUUACUAGUGAUAGAUCCAGUAUCCAGAUAUGUCCUUCAAAGAGUCAAAGUAGCUAAUGCCGCUAUAAGGCAAUUACGAUUUGAUGCUUCCGGACAAAACAUCAUUCUCUCAGCAUCCGAUAGAGCUCUUCGAUUAUUAUCAGUACAUCCAUUAACGUCAACUUUGACGCCCUUGCAUCGAUUUCAAGAUUUAGUCAAUCGAACUCCUUGGCAUUCGAUUGGAUUCUCGGGUGAUGGUGAAUAUGUCAUGGGUGGUGCGGGACAUAAGAUGGCACAUAACGUUUUCAUUUGGGAUAGAGAAAGCAUGGUUCUAGUUAAAGUUUUGGAAGGUCCAAGAGAACCUUUGAUAGAUUGUGAUUGGCAUCCAACAAGACCUGUCAUAGCAUCAAUAUCAACUUCAGGUGAUAUCAAUAUAUGGCAAACUUCAAGUCCUGAUAAUUGGGCUGCUUUCGCACCUGGUUUCGAAGAGUUAGAAGAGAAUGUUGAAUAUGAUGAGAGAGAAGAUGAAUUCGAUAUUGAAGACGAGUCUGAUUUAGCGAGAAGGAAGAAUUUAGAAGAAGAUUUAUUGAUAGAUGUCUUGACACCACCAAUGGACAGUUAUCCCAAAAGACCCAAUCCACCAAUCAAUCUUCCAACUCAAUAUUACACUAAUGAAGAAACUAGAAUGGAAGGUGAAAGAUACGUCAAAGCUUUGAAAGACGUCAUGGAUUGGGCAGAUAAAGAUAAAGAUCAUGAAGAUGAUUGGGAAGGUUUUUGGUUGAGUUUGGAUUUGGAAGAAGAAGAAGAAUUAGGUGAAGAUGAUGACAUUGGACGAUUGGAUUAA